AUGAUGCUCCGAAGCCGCCACGCCACCCGCGCCCUCAGGGCCGUCAACACCAGAAGCGCUCCCCGCGCUGCCACUGCCUCUCCCGCCAUUGCUGCCCUUCAGGCUGCGAAGCUUCCCUCUGGUUUGAGGAAUAAGGCUACUUCUGCUUCCUCCCCCGCUCCUGAGGUUCGCGAAGCACCAGCACCCGCCUUCAAUGCCGAGAAGGACCGCAGCCAUGUCCAGCCCCUCGUCAACCCCCGCGGUCCCGAGAUGGACGAGUCGUUCAUUGGCAAGACCGGUGGAGAGAUCUUCCACGAGAUGAUGUUGAGACACGACGUCAAGCACAUCUUUGGAUACCCCGGAGGCGCUAUUCUGCCCGUCUUCGACGCCAUCUACAACUCAAAAUACUUCGACUUCAUCCUCCCCAAGCACGAGCAGGGCGCCGGCCACAUGGCUGAGGGCUACGCCCGCGCCUCCGGCAAGCCUGGUGUCGUCCUCGUCACCUCCGGCCCCGGCGCGACCAACGUCAUCACCCCCAUGCAGGACGCCCUCUCCGACGGUACCCCCAUGGUUGUCUUCUGCGGCCAGGUCGUUACCUCCGCCAUUGGCAGUGAUGCCUUCCAGGAGGCCGACGUCGUCGGUAUCUCUCGCGCCUGCACCAAGUGGAACGUCAUGGUCAAGAACGUCGCUGAGCUCCCCCGCCGCAUUAACGAGGCUUUCGAGAUCGCCACCAGCGGACGCCCUGGCCCCGUCCUUGUCGACCUUCCCAAGGACGUCACUGCUUCCGUCCUGAGGAAAGCCAUCCCCACCGAGACCGCCCUUCCCUCUCUGCCCAGCCAGGCCAGCAGAGCCGCCAUGGCCCUGCUGAGCAAGCAGCUCAAGCAGUCUAUCCAGCGCGUUGCCGACCUUGUCAACGUUGCCAAGAAGCCCAUCAUCUACGCCGGCCAGGGUAUCUCCCAGUCCGAGGGCGGUGUCCAGAUCCUUAAGGAGCUUGCCGAGAAGGUUUCCAUCCCCGUCACCACCACCCUGCACGGUCUCGGCUCUUUCGACGAGCUCGACGAGAAGUCCCUGCACAUGCUGGGUAUGCACGGCUCUGCGUACGCCAACUCCGCCAUGCAGGAGGCCGACCUUAUCCUCGCUCUUGGUGCCCGUUUCGACGACCGUGUUACUCUCAACAUUGCCAAGUUCGCUCCUGGCGCUAAGGCUGCUCACGCUGAGGGCCGUGGCGGUAUUGUUCACUUCGAGAUUAUGCCCAAGAACAUCAACAAGGUCGUCCAGGCUACUGAGGCUGUCGAGGGCGAUGUCGCCUCCAACCUCAAGACUCUCAUUCCUCUCCUCGAGACAAGAUCAAUGGAGGACCGCAAGGAGUGGUUCGACAAGAUCCGCGCGUGGAAGAAGAAGUGGCCCCUGUCCGACUACGAGAGGGCUGAGCGUUCCGGCAUGAUCAAGCCCCAGACCCUCAUUGAGGAGCUCAGCAACCUCACCGCCGACCGCAAGGAGACCACCAUCAUUGCCACCGGUGUCGGUCAGCACCAGAUGUGGACUGCCCAGCACUUCCGCUGGAGGCACCCCAGAACCAUGGUCACCUCCGGUGGCCUGGGUACCAUGGGUUACGGUCUGCCCGCCGCCAUCGGCGCCAAGGUUGCGCGCCCUGAUGCCCUCGUUGUCGACAUUGACGGCGAUGCCUCCUUCAACAUGACCCUCACCGAGCUCUCCACCGCUGCUCAGUUCAACAUUGGCGUCAAGGUCAUUGUCCUGAACAACGAGGAGCAGGGCAUGGUCACCCAAUGGCAGAACCUCUUCUACGAGGACCGCUACGCCCACACUCACCAGAAGAACCCCGACUUCAUGAAGCUGGCCGACGCUAUGGGCGUCCAGCACCGCAGAGUCAUCAAGCCCGAUGAGGUCGUCGAUGCCCUCAAGUGGCUCAUCAACACCGACGGCCCUGCUCUCCUUGAGGUCGUCACCGACAAGAAGGUGCCCGUCCUGCCCAUGGUCCCUGCCGGCUCAGGUCUCCACGAGUUCCUGACAUGGGACGGAGCCAAGGACAAGAAGCGUCGCGAGCUGAUGCGCGAGAGAACGUGUGGUCUGCACGGCUAA